AUGAAAGGUGAUGCCUUCAAGAUUAAUCUCAAACCUGAUGUUCAACCCUAUGCCCAAGCGAAAGCAAGGAAAAUCCCGAUUCCCUACAUGGAUCAACUUAAGAAGCAACUUGAUGAAAUCGAACGUCUUGGUGUUAUCUCAGUCCAUGAAGAGCCAAGCACUUGGUGUCAUCCAAUCGUUAUUGCACCUAAGAAAGAUAGUGACGAACUGAGAAUCUGCAUUGACUUCACCCACCUCAAUAAGUUUAUCCGGCGUGAAUUCCACCCUAGUAAUUCACCCUUCGAAGCUGUAACAAGCAUUCCUGCUGAAGAGCUCAAAUAUUUCUGCAAAUUCGAUGCUCGUCAAAUUCCACUGCACCCUGAGUCUCGUCCCUUAACCUGUUUCAUCACACCCUUUGGUAGAUAUGUGUGUAAUCGAGCCGCAUUCGGAAUCAGCAGUAUCAGUGAGUGGUACAACCGUCGCAUGGACAAUGUUGUCAAUGGCCUACAAGGUAUCCGUAAGAUCGUAGAUGAUGUUAUCGUCUAUGCACCAACCCUCUCUGCUUUGAAGAAACGCGUUCACGCCUUCCUAGACCGAUGCUCCACGAAUGGGGUCACACUGAAGCGUUCAAAGUCCCAGAUAGCUGUCACUGAAGCUGAUUUUGGCGGAUUUCACCUGUCAGAAUUGGGCAUCCAAUGCAGUUCAGAUCUCCUCAAGUCCAUCCGCAAUUUUCCACGACCGAAGAAUCGUACUGAUCUACGCUCCUGGUUUGGUCUGGUGAAUCAACUUGGCCAUUUUCCCCAGGAGAUAACCCAAGUCAUGGAACCUUUUCGCCCUCUGCUUCAGAAGAACUCAUGCUACCUCUGGUCGCCAGAACAUGAGCAAGCAUUCAACGCAGCUAAACGUCGCCUCAGCUCACCACCUGUCCUAACCUACUUUGCUGUCAACCGUCCAACUUUGCUCGCCACUGAUGCAUCUCGUCUGCACGGUCUUGGUUUUGUCCUUCUACAAAUGGUUGACGGCGUAUGGAAGUCUGUUCAAGCGGGUUCCAGAUUCUUGACCCCCACCGAAAGCCGCUAUGCUAUGAUAGAGCUGGAAGCUCUUGGUGCUUGCUGGGCCAUGAAGAAAUGUGAUAUGUUCCUUCGGGGCCUACCUCACUUCAAACUCGUCACCGAUCACCGACCCCUUAUUCCCAUCCUGAAUUCGAAAGGGAUUGCUGAUGUCGAGAAUCCUCGCCUGCAACGCCUCAUGAUGAAAAUGCUGCCUUAUACGUUUACUGCAGAAUGGAUUAAAGGCAAAGGUCACCUCGCUGCAGACGCACUCUCCCGUUUUCCCGUUGAUAAACCUUGUCUUGAAGAUGAACUAUGCGAGUUGCAUGCCGAAGCUGCUGUGAAUGUUCACUUUGUUGACAAGUCAACUACUGCCAGUCAGCUUCAGGAACUUUUCCACCAUCAACAAGCCGAUGAUACACUCUUGAAAGUCAUCCAAAUGCGAAAUGAAGUCGAAGAAGAGGCACGCCCCUUUUGGUCCAUUCGUCAUAUCCUCUACAUGGCGUCUGUUGGAGAGAACUCUAUCUUACUUAUGAAUGGCAAACUGUCAUCCCCACCCAGCAACAAAAGAAAACAUUAA